GGAGAGUCACGUGAGGGGGCGCGGCCAUGUUUGUGUAGACAGUGUGUGGAUAUCAUGUAAAUGAGUGGGGAUAACAGGCAGAGAGUUCCAGGCUAAACAGCCGCUUGAGAAGGAGGGAUCACAUAUAUUGGCGCACCGCAAACAUGAAGGCCAGCUCCAGUGUCCCCAAAUUCCUCACUAAGAUAUGGGCUCUAGUGGAAGAUCCCAGAAACAGCGAGUACAUCUGCUGGAGCCAAGAUGGAAACAGUUUUAUUGUGUUGGAUGAAGAAAGCUUUGCAAAAGAGAUAUUACCCAGACAUUUCAAACAUAACAACAUGGCAAGUUUUGUACGGCAACUCAAUUGGUAUGGCUUUCAUAAAGUUAUGCAGGAUGAGUCUGGUGCAGCUAGGCAUGAUAAAUACUGCUCAGGCAGAUACCAGCAGCCCUUUUUUAAGCGUGGCCAAGAAGAGUUACUAAUAAAGAUAAAACGGAAGGUAACGUCAAGCACUGGAGAUAAGCGUUUAUUCCGGAAGGCUAAGGUAUCUGUUCCUCGCAUUGAAGAAGGUACAUCUGGACCAGAUGACAUGCAGAAAAUACUGACGUUUCUGCAUCAGCUUCAAGCAAGACAAGAUGUACUUGAUUCAACUGUGGAAUCCCUAAAGAGGGAAAAUGAGGCCUUGUGGAAAGAGGUCGUACAGUUACGGCCAGCUCAGCCGCAGUUUGAACCUGUUGGAACAUCUCACUCUUAUGAACCAAUAUCAUCUUUUCAAUCAAACCAGCCUCUCAUGAUUGACAGUACUGGUAACUACAAUCAGUUAUCUGCUUCCAAAACCUCACAAACCACCAUUCAGGCUUUUGAGAACAGAUCGCCAUGGUACACUGAAGAGAAAGCUAGCAAAGGCAUCAAAAGAGCAUUCGGAGAAGAUCAUGAUGGCUCUACAGAGGAGCCCAGCAACCAUUUGAAAUCUUCUUCUUUGCACAGAGGAUAUGAAAAUUACAACACAGAUGAAUCUGAUGAUCCCUCAGAUUUAUCCUCUUAUGAAAGCGAGCUGGUGAUUAAUGAAGAUACUGCCUCAAACCUCGAACAGUCAUUUACAAAUCCAGAAAACUCAGUGGCAAAUCACAGAAAACCAGGACCACACAAGAGGCUGAAAAGCUAUGCAGAAAGGCAAGAUUCUACUAUAAAGCGCAGAAUUGUAUACAGUGGCUCAGAGAAUGAAGAUGAACAAAAGAGCUGUCGUAUGGACUCGGGGUCGGUAGACAAGUCCAACAGAUCAUGCCGAUCAUCAUGUUACAAGAUGGACCAAAUGGUUAAACAAAUGCAUCGGGAUCACACUCGUCUGACUAAAAAGGUCCUAACUGUAGAGCAACAGUCAUUACAGAAACUUUCUGAAAUAUCAACGGCACUGAGCACAUUAAGCAGCUACAUCAUGAACACCCAGAAUCCCCAAAGAGCUUCAUAUCCUCCUUUUGUAGAUGCUGCAAAGCAUCAGCAAAUUCAAACGCAGGGUUCCCAAAGUCAUCGCCAUGGACUGUGGUCAGACACCUCUGUAAAUCAUUCCACUAAAAGAGAGUAUGAGUCUUAGCAACUCUUCACUUUAGCGCCUGCAUAAGAUCAGUUGCAUCCAUUAGCGAUCUUCUGUUGAAUUUGUAAUUGUAUCUACUAGUAGUUAUGUGAAUGUCCAGCAGACUACUUUCACUCAUGUUACAAACCAUAACAUAAUUUAAAUACUAGUAAAUGCUUGUCAGUUGUCUGAAUGGUAGAAUAUAUAGAAGGAAAGAAUGGAGUGUGUGAGCGUGCCAAAGAUCAAAACGUAUGGAUCAUAUUAAGCAAAUACAUUCUGUUAUACAAUAAAUGGAUACAAAAUACAUGGGUGUAUCAGUUGGUGUGUGAUUUAUGUGUAGAAAAAUGUGAAGAGUAAUUGACAUAAAUAAAUGAUCUGUGACUAUGAUGGAAAAAA